CAAACAUUUACACACACCCUUUUUCAACCUCACCAGCUGAUGUCAAAGGUUUGGCCUUGGGGAAGUUACACUGCUAACAAUAGUAAUCUAAUAAGGCUGUGUCUUCUGAUGCAUGUCUGGACCAGAAAGAAAGAGGGAGAAACUGCAGACUGGACUCAAACUGGAGAGGAAAGCAGGCGGACCAAGAGAUUGACUACAUCCCCAACAACAGAAACAGACACUUUGCCUCCACCUGCGCAAACCAAAAUCAGCUCUAUGACUGAGAUGAGCAGGUUAAACCUUACCAUGGAGUGGCUCAUGGUUGCAUUUGUAGCCCUACUUUUGGCCAGCCAAGUCCGCUCUGAUGAAGUUCCCUACGAGCACAUGAUCUCUCAGCUCCAGGCAUGUCCUAAAGAGUGCCACUGCCCUCCAAGCUUCCCUAACGCUGUCUACUGUGACAACAAGGGUCUGAAACGCAUUCCUGUCAUCCCUCCCUAUACCUGGUACCUGUACCUCCAGAACAAUCUCAUUGAUGUCCUCUCAACCGAUGCUCUGCGCAAUGCCACACAGCUUAGGUGGAUCAACCUCAACCGCAACAAAAUCACAAGUGAAGGCUUGGAGGUUGAUGCUCUUAAGGCUAUGUCUAACCUUGUACACCUCUACAUGGAAGACAACUUGCUGACUUCCAUUCCAUCUCCUCUACCUGUCAAAUUAGAGCAGUUACGGCUGUCCCGAAACAGAAUCUCAAAGAUCCCAGCCGGUGUCUUCUCUGGGAUGGACCAUCUCACCUUGCUGGAUCUGCAAAGCAACAAGCUUCAGGAUGAUGCAGUGACUGAGGUCAGUCUGAAAGGCCUCAACAACUUGAUCCAGAUCAAUUUAGCAAAGAAUCAGCUAAACAGCAUGCCCCUCGGCCUACCACACACAACUACACAGAUCUUUUUGGAUGGCAACAACAUUGAGAAGAUUCCGGUUGAGUACUUCAAGGGUCUUCCGAAAGUGGCAUCUCUCAGGCUCAACCGCAAUAAGCUGGCUAAUGGAGGUAUCCCAAAAAACGUGUUUAACCUUUCCAGCAUCCUGGAUCUACAGCUUUCUCACAACCAGCUCACAGAAGUGCCCGUUAUCUCUUCUGGCCUGGAGCACCUGCAUCUGGAUCACAAUAAGAUCAAGAGUGUGAAUAGCUCUGACAUCUGUCCACCUGAUACACUUGAUGAUUACCUUGGGGAGAACAGCCCACGUCUCCGUUACCUUCGCCUUGAUGGUAAUGAGAUCAAACCCCCCAUUCCACGAGAGCUGAUGAUGUGUUUCCGUCUCCUCAGGGCUAUUGUCAUAUGAAGGUGCCAGACCAUCUAGAUACUCCUGUCCAUUUCAUCUACCAGAACUGAAAAUGCAUGUAAACUAAAACACUUGAAAAUGGUCCAAUAAAGGACUAUCUUUUUGGAAAGUCAGUAUUAUUAAAAUAUUGAAAACUAUACACUGCUGAAAAGACCAGCCAAGACUGGAAUGAAUUUCCAUGCUGGUCCAGAUUGACUUAUGCUUGUUUGUACUGAACUAGUGCUGGUCUAGUGGGAACUACGCUGAAACUAAGCUGAUACAACUGUUUUACUAGCAUGAUCUUUCUGGUGGAGUUUUUGGCCAAGAAAGCACAUCUAGUUAAGCUGGUUAAAAAGCUGGGUGGGGAUACCAGUAUCCAAAAUAUGAGAUAUUCUGGGGGUCUCCUGUUCUGGUCUUUUCAGCAGGGUUGAGAUCCAUAAGACUGGUUCAUAUGUGCAUUUGUGAAUGGUUUCUCAUGGCUGUAUUAGAAAACCACUGUGCCUUCCUUAAUUCCAUGCAUAUGGGAAACUAGCAGGCUAAGCUCCUAAAUAUAAUUGUCCUCAUUUGCAUGUAAUGCCAUUUCCCCAUCUUGUGCAGAAGUUGGGUUUUUUUUCAAACAAAUCGAUCUUAGUAGGUGUACCACCCAAAAACUUUUACCUCACCACACAAUUCUGGGGUGUUUUUGGACAGAAGAGUUGUGGUCUAAUUAUGGAGCCACAUUUUCUGGUAGUGAACUUAGUACAUAGCGGUGGUUUAUUGUAUUUUAUUGAAUGCAUGGUAACUCUUAGUAACAGUACCAACAGAAGUUUGAAAUAAGAGAAACUUU